CAAACUUUAAAUAUUUUUUAUAACAUCUAUAUUUUUUAUAUAUGUAUAUAUUCACAGAGUACGUGCUUAUGGUCCAGGUAUUGAACCCGUUGGCCCCGUAGUAGGAGCUCCAGCUAAUUUCACUGUUGAGACCUUCUCAGCCGGCAAAGGUGAUGUUGAGGUCGAAAUCGUAACACCCGAUGGUCUUGUCGAAAAGGCCGAUGUGCGCUUUAACAAUGAUAAGAAUCUCACUUAUUCCAUUUCCUAUAUACCCAAAAUGGAGGGUGAACACAAGGUUGUGGUGAAAUUCUCUGGCCGUGACAUACCCAAGAGUCCCUUCCCCGUUAAGGUUGAGGGUCAUGCUGGUGAUGCCUCCAAGGUUAAGGUUACCGGUCCUGGUGUACAACCUUUGGGCGUUGUUAUUAGCAAACCAACUUUCUUUGAUAUUUUAACAAAAGAUGCUGGUCGUGGUGUACCCGAAGUUAUUAUUAUUGAUCCAGCUAAUCACAAGACUUCGGUGGCUGCUAAAGUUAGACAAUUGGAAAAUGAUGUCUGGAGAUGUGAAUAUGUGUCUGCCAUACAGGGUUUACACUCGGUGAAUGUAUUCUAUGCUGGCACACCCAUACCCAACAGUCCUUUCCCCGUCAAAGUGGCCCCCUUAUCUGAUGCCAGACGUGUUAGAGCUUCUGGCCGUGGCUUGCAACCAACUGGUGUGAGAGUUGGUGAUGAUGCUGAUUUCAAGAUUUACACCGAAGGUGCUGGUGAGGGUGUGCCUGAGGUGAGAUUGGUAGGUCCUGGUGGCAUGAGUGAACAAGUAGCUAUGACAAAAUUGGAUGCCCACACCUAUGAAUGCCAUUAUUUCCCAAACAAAGAGGGACGUUAUGUUGCGGUUGUCACUUUUGCUGGACAAGAAGUUAACAAGUCACCAUUUGAGGUGAAAGUUGGUCCUAAGAAGGAAUCUAAUAUUGUUGCUUUCGGUCCCGGUUUGGUGGGUGGUGUUGUUGGCUAUCCAGCUGCCUUUGUGGUUGAAACAAAUGGUGAAACUGGUGCUCUUGGUUUCACUGUAGCCGGUCCUUCUCAGGCAGAAAUUGAGUGUCACGAUAAUGGUGAUGGCUCUGCUUUGGUUAAAUACCAUCCUACAGCUCCUGGUGAAUAUGCUGUUCAUAUUUUGUGUGAUAAUGAGGAUAUACCCAAGUCUCCCUUUAUUACACAAAUUUUACCCAAAACCGAUUACAAUCCGGAAUUGGUUAAGGCUUUCGGUCCCGGUUUGGAAAAGAAUGGUGUCACCAUUAAUGAACCCACUACCUUCACCGUUGACGACACUAAAGCUGGCCCAGCACCUUUGGAUAUUGUGGUAGAAGAUGUUUAUGGCAAGAGAUUGCCCGUGGAUGUUAAACAGCAACCAGAUGGCACUAAGAAAUGCACAUACACUCCUACUUCCGGCAGUCCUCAUACCGUAGAAGUCAAUUUCGGCGGCGUUGCUACUCCAAAUUCACCCCAUCGUGUCUAUGUUGCUUUGCCAGUCAAUGCUUCAAAGGUUCAGGCUUUCGGUCCCUGGUUCCAACCUGGUGUUCACCCCAAUUCUGCCACUCAUUUCAAUGUUGACUGCCGUGAUGCCGGUGAGGCUGAAUUGAAGGUCAAGAUUGUACAUGAAGAAACCAAAGUUGAAAUCCCCUGCCGCAUUAUCGACAAUGAAGAUCAAACUUACUCUGUAGAAGUAGUGCCACCCACUAAGGGGGCCUAUACCACUACCAUGACCUAUGGCGGUCAACCUGUGCCCUUAGGACAAAAAGUAAUGGUUGAACAAACCAUUGAUGUCUCCAAGAUCAAAGUUGAUGGCCUAGAACCAACUGCACCAUUAAAUAGUCUCCAGCAGUUUCGCAUCAUUACUCAUGGUCUGCCGAAAGCUGAUCUGGCCGUAACUAUAACCUCUCCCUCGGGAAGUCGCGUUAAAGCCCAUGUUAUACCCACAGCCGAAGGUUUUCUCGUCAACUUUACACCCACCCAAUUGGGUGAAUAUUUGCUGAGCAUAUGUUUCGGUGGCACACCCAUAACUCCCAGACCAUUCCGUUUACAGUGUCUAAGUGGCAGUGAUUCGAAUAAGGUUAGAGCUUUUGGUCCCGGUUUGGAAAAGGGUCUUGUGGGACAACCAGCCGAGUUUAUGAUUGAUACCAGAGGUGCGGGUCAGGGUGGUUUGGGUGUCACCGUAGAAGGUCCCUGUGAGGCUGCCAUUAAUUGUCGCGACAAUGGUGAUGGCACCUGUAAUGUGGCCUACUUACCCACCGAAGCCGGAGACUACACUGUAAAUAUAACAUUUAAUGAACGUCAUAUUAAUGGAUCACCAUUCCAACCGAUUAUUUAUCCUUUGCCGAAUCUCAGCAAUACACGUGUUAGUGGUAUCGGCAUACAGCCACAUGGUGUCAUCAUGAAUGAAAAGACCGACUUUAUGGUAGACAUGAGCAAAGUUGGCACCAAUAUCGAUUCCAAAAAACUUUCCUGCUCUGUCUUCGAUCCCAAGGGACAAAUGUUGCCCAGUGAAAUUUUACCCGGCACCACAGACGAUGUCUUCCGCAUUAUGUACACACCAUUCGAGGCGGGACGUCAUACUAUUGAACUAUUAUACGAUAACAUUCCGGUGCCCGGUUCACCAUUUGUGGUUAAUGUUAAGAGCGGUUGUGAUCCCUCACGCUGCAAGGCCUACGGACCCGGUUUGAAGCGAGGCUAUGUUAGUGAAAAGAAUAAAUUCGUUAUUGAAACAAAAGGUGCUGGCAAGGGUGGUCUAUCGUUGGCCAUUGAAGGUCCUUCUGAGGCUAAGAUGACCUGUAUCGAUAACCGUGAUGGUAGCUGUGAUGUUGACUAUGUUGCCACCGAAGUGGGCGAAUAUGAUAUUUCUAUACGUUUUGCCGAUAAACAUAUACCCGGUUCACCGUUUUCGGUGUUUGUAGAAGAACGUUCGGAUCCUUCUAAGGUUAAGGUUUAUGGUCCUGGCAUUGAACAUGGUGAGGUGAGAGAGGCUGUGCCAACACACUUCUUCAUUGAUGUUCAGGAUGCUGGUCCCGGUCGUAUUGCCGUUAAGAUUCAGAAUUCUGAGGGUACUCCUGUAGAGGAUUUGCGUGUCGAGGAGAAGGGUGAUGGUCUCUAUUGUGUUUACUAUUCACCACCCAAAGAGGGUUCGGUCUUGACAUCAACCAUUACUUUUGCUGAUACCGAAGUGCCAUGCAGUCCCUUCGUCAUGACUGUCUUCCCUAAAGCUGAACCCAAGAAAGUUCUCAUCAAGGGUGUCAAUGACAAGAGGAAAACACCUGCCUCCAAACCGGCUGAAUUUGAAGUUGAUACCAAGAAAGCUGGACAAGCUGAUAUCAAUGUUGAUAUUAAAAAUCCUAAAGGUAAACAAAUUAAACCACGUCUCCAGGAAAUCAACGAUGGUACCUAUGUCGUAUCUUUUGUGCCCGAUGAAUGUGGCACUUAUAAUGUAAGCAUUAAGUAUGGUGGACAAGAAAUUGAAGGAUCUCCCUUCAAAUUGGAAGCUUUCGCCACGGGUGAAGCCAAAAAAUGUAAACUAGUCGAAGAGGCACCCAAAAUACAACCCUCGGGCAGCAAGAGUCAUUUGACUGUGGAUGCUCGUGAAGCCGGUGAUGGUGCUGUUACUUGCAAAAUCACCACCAAGAAGGGAAUGGAAGUUUUAGAUUUGGUUGAUAUUGAUGUUAUCGAAAAGGAUGGUUUCUUCGAUAUCUUCUAUGCUUUGAAUGAUCCUGGUGAUUAUGAUGUCAAUGUUAAAUUUGGUGGCAAAGAUAUACCUAACGGUAGCUUCUCCAUUAAGGCUGUCGAAAGUACUGGAGAAUUUGCCGAAUACAUUGAAGAGCAUACAAAAGUUAUUAAAACAACAACCACACAGACUUCUGGACAUUUAGUCAACGGCAAAGAUACCACUUAUCGUACUGUAGCUUUUGAAAAAUUCCCUGUACCCACCACUGGAGGAAUCGUUGUUGCUGAAGUAAAAAUGCCUAGCGGUAAAGUUGACAAGCCCGUCAUUCAAGACAAUCGUGAUGGUACCGUUUCGGUUAAAUACGAUCCCAAAGAAGAGGGCACACAUGAAUUGGUAGUAAAAUAUAAUGGUGAACCUGUUCAAGGUUCACCCUUCAAAUUCCAUGUUGAUUCUAUUACAUCUGGAUAUGUGACCGCUUAUGGCCCCGGCUUGACUCAUGGUGUUACCGGUGAACCCUGUAACUUUACCAUCUCUACCAAGGGUGCCAGUGCUGCUGGUUUGACCAUGGCUGUUGAAGGUCCCAGCAAAGUUGAUAUCAACUAUCACGAUAACAAAGAUGGCACCGUUUCCGUUCAAUAUCUACCCACUGCCCCCGGUGAAUACAAUGUUGCCGUACGCUUCGGUGACAAACACAUUAAGGGUUCUCCCUAUGUUGCCAAGGUUACUGGUGAAGGUCGCAAACGUAAUCAAAUCUCUGUCGGUUCUUGUUCGGAAGUCACCAUGCCUGGUGAAAUCACCGAUGCCGAUUUGCGUGCCUUGAAUGCUUCCAUUCAGGCUCCCAGUGGCUUGGAGGAACCUUGCUUCUUGAAACGUAUGCCAACUGGCAACAUUGGCAUUUCCUUUACACCUCGUGAAACCGGUACACACAUGGUGUCCGUUAAGCGUAGUGGCAAACAUAUUCCCAACUCUCCAUUUGAGGUCACCGUUAUGGAACGUGAAGUUGGUGAUGCCAAGAAGGUAAAGGUUUCUGGUGCCGGACUUAAGGAAGGCAAGACUCACACCGAGAAUGUAUUCUCUGUGGAUACUCGCAAUGCCGGUUAUGGUGGUUUGUCUGUCUCCAUUGAGGGUCCCAGCAAGGCUGAGAUUCAAUGUACUGAUAAGGAUGAUGGCACCCUAAACAUCUCCUACAAGCCCACUGAGCCUGGUUACUAUAUUGUUAACUUAAAAUUCGCUGAUCACCAUGUUGAAGGCUCACCCUUCACCGUUAAAGUUGCUGGCGAAGGCAGCAACCGUAAACGUGAGAAGAUUCAAAGAGAACGUGAUGCUGUGCCUGUUACUGAAAUUGGCAGCCAAUGUAAAUUGACCUUCAAAAUGCCUGGCAUUACUUCCUUCGAUUUGGGCGCUCGUGUUACUUCCCCCAGUAAUGUGACUGAAGAUGCUGAAAUCCAAGAAGUUGAGGAUGGUCUUUAUUCCGUUCACUUCGUACCCAAGGAAUUGGGCGUCCACACCGUGUCAGUCCGUUAUAAGGAUAUGCACAUUCCCGGCUCUCCCUUCCAAUUCACUGUUGGUCCCCUCCAUGACUUUGGUAGCCAUUUGGUUAAGGCGGGCGGUAGCGGCUUGGAACGUGGUGUUGUCGGUUUGCCCUGCGAAUUCAAUGUUUGGACCCGUGAAGCCGGCGGUGGUUCUUUGGCCAUCUCCGUUGAAGGUCCCAGCAAGGCUGAGAUUGAGUUCAAGGAUCGUAAGGACGGUUCCUGUGAUGUGUCAUACAAGGUCACUGAACCCGGUGAAUACCGUGUUGGUUUGAAAUUCAACGAUCGCCAUAUUCCCGACUCACCAUUCAAAGUAUACGUUUCCCCCGAUGCCGGUGAUGCUCACAAAUUGGAGGUACAGCAAUUCCCCGAGGGCAAUAUUCAAGCUGAUGCUCCUUAUCAAUUUAUGGUUCGCAAGAACGGCGCCAAGGGUGAAUUGGAUGCCAAGAUUGUUGCUCCCUCUGGCACCGAUGACGAUUGUUUCAUCCAAGCCAUUGACAGUGAAAUGACCUCCGUACGUUUCUAUCCACGUGAAAAUGGCAUUCACGCCAUCCAUGUCAAAUUCAAUGGUGUUCAUAUUCCUGGCUCACCCUUCCGCAUUAAGGUCGGUAAAGAUGUUGCUGAUCCCGCUGCAGUACAUGCCAGUGGCUCUGGCUUGGAAGCUGUUAAGACCGGUCAAAGACAAGAUUUCAUUAUCAAUACCUGCAAUGCUGGUGUUGGUACCUUGGCUGUAGCUAUUGAUGGCCCCUCAAAGGUGGCCAUGGAUUGUACUGAAGUUGAAGAAGGCUACAAAGUGCAUUACACUCCCUUGCUGCCUGGAGAUCACUUUAUUUCAGUGAAAUAUAAUAACAUUCAUAUCAUUGGUUCUCCAUUCAGAGUUAGCUGUGAAGGUGAGAAAUUGGCUGAUGAGGGUACUCAAGAAACAUCCACUGUUGUGGUAGAUACCGUGCAAAAGGUAUCAAAGGGUGGUAAACACAGUGGUGUUGUUAUGCCUCACUUCAAAUCCGAUGCCUCACUAAUCACCUCCAAGGGUAUGGGCUUGAAAAAGGCCUUCAUGGGCAAGACAAACACCUUUACCAUUAAUGCCACAGAAGCUGGUAACAAUAUCCUUUAUGUGGGUAUGUAUGGUCCUAAGGGUCCCUGUGAGGAAUUCAGCAUUAAACACACGGGUCGUAAUAACUACAAUGUUAGCUACAUGGUACGCGAUCGUGGUCAAUAUAUUUUAAUAGUCAAAUGGGGUGAUGAUCAUAUUCCUGGCUCACCUUUCCAAAUUGAUGUCUAAGUCGUUAUACAAGCAACCCCAUUAAGCAAAGCUCCUCUACUCCCCACUCAAAUUCAAAACUGAGAAAAUCUUGCUUUUUCAAAUCACUACUUUUGGAAAACAUUUUUGAGAAA